GCCAACCCAACGCGGGGCACCUACUAAAGGCAGGUACCGCUUAAAGGUACAACUGCAGCCUUACGAUAACUUGUAACUUACAAACUUCCAUUCCUACAAAAAACAAUUUAGCAAACUAACUUCACAAAUUCCUUUCUUAUUAUCUUUCUCAUUUGGUCCCGUUAGGAAGCAAUCAACAAGAUGGGUGUGGUGGAUCCAAAUCCCCUACUUUCAUCACAGAAGUCUUCAGACUCUGGGCUCCAGGCCGUUCUCCAUCCUCUCGUCCUUCUCACAAUUUCAGAUUACAUCACACGACAUUCCCUAAGGGCGCAACAAGGACCUGUAGUUGGCGCUUUAAUAGGACAACAGAAUGGAAGAGAAGUUACUAUUGAGCAUGCUUUCGAGUGUGCCACUAUUGCCAAGGAUGGCAAUAUCGUUCUUGAUGCCAACUGGUUCGCACAGCGAUUAGAGCAGAUGAAAACAAUACAUAAAUCUCCCCAACUAGACCUUGUCGGCUGGUAUACCGUUUUACCUAAGAGUGGCCCGACUCCAUCUAUACUCCCUAUUCACAACUGGAUCUUAUCAGAGCAUAAUGAGUCGUCUCUACUACUCGGAUUCCACCCUGAAGAGGCCGUCCAACAAACAGCAGGAAGCAAGCUCCCCUUGACUAUCUACGAAUCUAUCUACGAGGUUGAUGAACCAAAAGCGGAUCAAGGCGAGGACAAGGAGAUGCGAGACGGAGAUCCCCCUCUAAAGUUAAAAUUCAGGGAGCUACCCUAUUCGGUAGAGACGGGUGAGGCGGAGAUGAUAAGCAUGGAUUUCGUGGCUCGAGGUGCUGGAAACGCCACGGUGGUCGAGCCCAGGCAGCAGAAGAAACCAGAGUCGGACCCCAAGGGUAAACAGCCUGCGAAAGCAACCGAUGCUCAAGAUAAGGACGAUAAAUCAGAAGAGCACAUACUAACUAGCGAGGAUGAGGAACUGAUCGCGGCACUUACAGCUAAGGCAAAUGCUAUCAAGAUGUUGCAAUCUCGCGUUAACCUUCUCACUGCAUAUCUCGAACGGCUACCCCCAUCCUACCUAUCUCCGAACAACGCCGCGAAUCUCUCCGAGGGUCAACAGACCACUCCUUCGCAUACAAUCCUCCGAUCUAUCCAGGCCCUCGUUAAUAGACUAUCGCUACUAGUGCCAUCCGACACAAAUGCUUACGAGGAGGAGAUGAUUAGUGAGGCCAACGAUGUACAUCUGAUGGAGCUCCUAAACGAGGUGCUCCAGAGUGUCACGGAAGCCCGCAAUGUCGGCAAGAAGCACAGUGUCGUUGAGAGCACGAAAGCCCACUACAAACGAAUGGUGGAAAAUACGACACCCCUAAGCUUUGGUCAUUCUAACCCGGGAGACCUUGCGAUUUCAUAAGCGACAUAGUUGUUAGGGGAUAGGCGUCCAUCCAAGACGAGGUGCACUUUGCAAUAUGGUUCUUUGCAUCCGCAAGGCGUUUUAGAGGUUAGGUUAGGUUAGGCAAGUUGUGUGUUGGGCAACAAGCCAAAGUCGAGUUACGACGGACGGGAUUACGAUAU